AUGGCGAACAAAAAGUUCGAAGAAUUUAUUCCAGAUUUACAACCGUGGAAUAUUUACGAAGAAAGAUUGGAACAACAUUUUGUGGCAAAUGGGGUUGAAGAGGAAGCUAUUAAAGUGGCGAUCCUAAUCAGUUCGGUAAGUGCACCCACAUACACCUUGUUGAGAGAUCUAUGUUUUCCAGAAGCUCCCAAAACCAAAACAUUUGCAGAAUUAUCACAGUUAUUAGCUACCCAUUACGGAGGUCAAGUGAGUACAUGGAGAGAGAGAUGUACAUUUUUUGACCUGCGGCAAGAAACUGAGGAAAAAAUAGCGGACUGGUAUGCUAGGAUAAGAAGUGCUGCAGUUACUUGCAAGUUUGGGGCAGAUCUAACCAAAGUGCUGCUAAAUAAGUUCGUGAGUGGUAUGUGUCCUAGUAAAAUUCUCGACAGAUUAUGCGAAGAGGAUGAAAAGGCGACGAUGGAGCAGAUGCUCGAGGUCAACUGUAAAUGUUCACGUGAUAGAUCAUCAGCAAGCUUCGUCAUCGUCGAGUUCUCGAGUUCGUCGGCAGGGACAGGAUGGAGGUUGGCAACAUGGGACAAGGGGGACAAUGCAUGGCAGCUCAAACGUCAAUGUAAAUUCAAGUGUCAAUCAGAUGUCAAAAUGCUAACCAGUGAUGAUCUGUUGCUAAAAAGUUAUGAAGGUAGUGUCUUUUCACCAGAGGGAUAUUUUAUAAUAGAUAUGGGCUAUAAAAGCAAGAAAAUACCAGUAAAGCUAUACGUUGUUCAAAAAGGUUCUGCAAAUAUUCUAGGGAGAGACUGGAUAAAGGCCUUCAAUAUUAGGCUUGAAAUGAUGAAUCAAAUUGUAAGUAAUAGUAAAAUUCUAGAUCUAAUAAACAGUUUUUCAAACGUAUUUACUAGUAAGUUAGGAAACUUUAAUCAUAAGGAAAUUUCAAUUAAAGUUGUGGAAAAUGCUAAACCAGUUUUUUGCAAGCACAGAGCUGUUCCUUUAGCCUAUGCGAAAGAGGUAGAGUUAGAGUUAGAUAGGUUAGAGAAAGAGGGAGUAAUAGAAUUAAUAGACAAUUCAGAUUGGGGAACACCUUUAGUCUUUGUUCAAAAAUCAAAUGGGAAAAUACGAAUAUGUGGGGAUUACAAAACAACAAUAAAUAAACAUUUAGAAGAUGUGAAAUAUCCACUUCCAAAAAUUGAUGAAUUAUGGAAUAAACUAAAAAAAGGUCAACGUUUUUCAAAAAUUGAUUUACAACUAGCUUAUAUGCAGUUCUCCUUAAAUAUUGAAUCAAGUAAGUUGUUAGCGUGGAACACUCACAGGGGUUUGUACGCAGUUAAAAGAUUACCAUUCGGAAUAAAAUCAGCAAGUAGUAUAUUUCAACGAGAAAUUGAAAAUCUCUUUAAGGGCAUGAAAAAUGUAACAAACUUUUUAGAUGAUAUAAUAGUAACGGGGGAAACAGCAGAAGAACAUAUGACUAACUUGAGGGAAGUUCUUAGCAAACUUGAAAAGGCUGGGCUGACAGUUUGUAAAGAAAAAUGUGUAUUUUUUAAAGAGGAAGUUGAAUACUUGGGGUACAAAAUAUCAAAAGAAGGCCUUAAGAAAACAGAUAGUAAAAUUGCUGCAAUAAUAAAUGCACCUAAACCAGAAAAUAUAACAGAAGUUAGAGCUUUUACAGGGCUAGUAAAUUAUUACCAUAAAUUUAUACCUCGGGCUGCCCAGAUCUUAGAACCAAUAUACAAGCUUUUAAAAGGUAAUGUAAAGUUUUUCUGGUCAAAAGAAUGUGAAAGGGCAUUCAAUAUUAUAAAAGAUAUAAUAGCAUCAGAUAAUUGUUUAGUUUAUUUUGACCCUGACCUUCCAAUAAUAGUAACAACAGAUGCAAGUGACAAGGGUAUUUCAGGCAUGUUAAGCCAAGUUAAAGAGGGAGAGGAGAGAACAGUAGCAUGUGUGUCAAGAACUCUCAUGCCAGCAGAAAAAAAAUAUUCUACAGUUGAAAAAGAGGCUUUAGCAGUUCAUUUUACCAUAAAUAAAUUUUACCAGUACCUCUGCUGUAAUAAGUUUAAAUUAAGGACAGAUCAAAAAGCGCUAGUUGCAUUAUUUGGAGAACACAGGAGCAUCCCUAAAAUGUCCGCAAACAGGAUACAAAGGUGGGCUUUAUUUUUGUCAUCGUUUGACUACAGUAUUGAACAUAUCAAGGGAAUAAACAAUCCUGUAGCUGAUUAUUUAUCAAGGUCACCAGUGCAGGUUACGGGAACAGUAGAGGAACCAGCGGAAGGAAUGACAUAUAUUCAUUUCACGGAGUCUAUAGAAUACUGGCCAAUUAACAACAAAGUACUUAGAGAAGAAACAGACAAAGAUGGCAUUUUAAGGGCAAUAAAGAUGUAUAUUAAAACGGAAAGAUGGCCCAAACAUUUAAGUGAUGAAAUAAUGCCAUUUUACCAUAAACGACAAGAGUUGUAUUUAGAUGAGCACAUAAUAAUGUGGGGACAUCGUAUUGUGGUACCAUCAAGUCUAAGACCACAAAUCCUCGAUGAGCUCCAUGCAGGACAUUUUGGAAUAGUCAGGUGCAAGUCAUUAGCGAGAUCAUAUGUUUACUGGCCUAAAAUAGAUUCCGACAUAGAGCAUAGGGUAAAAAGUUGUGGUCCAUGUUUAAAGAAUAGAGACAACCCUCCAUCAGAGUUUUCACCGUGGCCUGAAGUGGACAAAGUAUUUGACAGAGUGCAUAUAGAUUUUUUGCAAUUAAAAAGCAAGUUGUGCUUAAUAUUGGUGGAUGCUUACAGCAAAUGGGUAGAGGUAUUUCCUAUGAGUAGGGCGACAGCAGCAGAAACGCAAGAAAAACUAAGGGAAGUUUUUGCCAGAAUGGGACUACCAAGGUUAUGUGUGAGUGACAAUGGACCUCAACUAGUUGACAAAACCAUGGAAAUAUUCUUUAAGAAAAAUGGGAUUAAGCAUUUAACAGGGGCACCUUACCAUCCAUCCAGCAACGGAGCUGCAGAACGGUAUGUCAGGACAUUUAAAAUGAAGCUGAAAACAGCCCUAGAUGAUCCAAGAAACUCUGGUAUUCCACUGUCUACAUUAAUAUCAAGAUAUUUACUAACAUAUCGCAACACAAAACACCCAGUAACAGAAAAGUCACCAGCUGAACUUGUAUAUAAUAGAUCAUUGCGAACAAGAAUAUCAAUGAUGGCCGAAAAGCCCAGUAAAGAACAGCAAAAUAUUUCUAUAAAGGAGAAAAGAUGUUUUGAAAUAGGAGAAAGGGUUAUGGUAAGAGACUAUAGGGAAACAAACCGAAAGUUGUGGGUGGCAGCUAAAAUAAUAAAUAAAGUAGGUAAGAAAACUUAUUAUUGCAGAUUAGAUAGUGGUCAGGUAUGGAAGCGUCAUACGAAUCAGGUAGGCAGGUGUAGCACUGAGUUUGCAAACAACAGGGAAAAUGAACUUGACAGUAACAAUGACUUUCAAUAUAUAAAACUACCAAACGUAGUACAUCCGGUAGGUGAGAGUAUAACACAAUCUGAAUCAAAUUUGGAGAAGUUAACGAUGGAAACCCAAGGUGAGCCAGUUUUGCUGGACAUGGCUACUUCUUCAGACACUGGCAACAGAUCAUCAACUGAUACAGUUUACAGGUCAGAUAAUGAACAAAACAUUAUUGUUAAUUAUCCAUCUGAUAAUAUGUCUCAAACAGGUAGAAGCAGACGCGUUACAAAUAUGCCAAAGAAAUACAAUGAUUUCAUUCUAGAGUAAGUCAAAAAAAAAAAAAAAAAUUGUUCAGUUAGGUUUUACAUAAUCAUAUUAAUCAUAUUUAGGUAGAUAUAAAUUAAGGGUGAGGGUGAUAAGUUGGGAUGUUUUAAGUGUAAACACAGCUUAAAGUGAGUUGGUAGCUCUGAGAGAGAUGGCCAUCUGGCACUUACUGUUCUGCGGUGAUGUUCCAUGCGGACUGACAGGUAGGGCAGAGAACAACGGGGCAAAGACAGUAGUUAUAGAAAAACUGAAUGUAAAAUGUAUUGAAUAACAUAUUAGUAAUAAAUAUGAAUUAUUCCAUC